AUGGAGGAAAGAGUGAAGAAAAGCAGCUGGUAUUUGAGAGAGCUUGUGGAGAAGUAUGAAGGUCGGUUUCACAUCUUUAACAAGAACUGGCGGGAUCGCAACCGUGAUCUGGAACUCCUUCAGAAAAUUGAGUGGAUGGUAGCCUCUUUGGCCGGUGCUUACUACUCUGGCAGCAGCUUCCAAAAAGCGGAGGAGAUGGUGAAGAAAGAGGAGAAAAGGUUGAGAAAGAAGAGAGCCGUAGAGAUGGAAAAGGCUUGUAAUGAGCUGGAAAACCGGUACAUUUCAGACGAGUUAUACCGCAAAAGAGAUGCCUACACUACCAAUAUUGGGGCAGAGAUCAGAGCUAAAGCAGAAUUAGACAAUAGCUGGCUCAGGACGUCCUUAGCUCGAGGGCUGGGGACUGGAAUAGUUGUGGGAGCAAUCAUGGGAGCACUGGUGGGGUCUAUAGAGGGGCCGUGGGGUAUGGUGCUGUACGGGGUGAUAGGCGGGGCAGUGGGUGGCUCGGCUGGAGGAACAGCUCAAAUGGCAACAAAACACAUCGAAAAUAGAGUGGCACCAACCGCAAGACUGAACUUCAACUCUAUCUUCAUCAAUCGCUUCUUCGCUGCACCUCGCAACUCAACUUAA